UUCCCGUCUUCCUCUCUCUCCUUUCUUCGUUUCAAUGUUUGCUCCCUCCAUCGCUCGUAUCCUACAAGUAUAUAUAUAGAGGCCGAGAGAGGAGACGAGAGAGAACCGGAAACCACCAACACCGACGCCUGUACGAUUCUCAUUGUUCGUCGGUUGAAUAGAUUGGAGAUCGAGCUCGCGGAUCGAUCCUUCUUGGACGAAAGGGAGCUCAUGAGGUGGCGGACCAUGGAGGAGGAGGCAGCAUUUUGACAUCGAGAGAUGGAUUCCGACAUUCUUCUUGACCAUGCAUUAUUCCAGCUCUCGCCAAGACGCUCGCGGUGCGAAUUAUUCGUAUCUGGAGGUGGGAAAACCGAGAAAAUUGCUUCAGGGUUCUUGAAGCCAUUCCUCGCCCAUUUGAAAGUAUCAGAAGAACAAUCUGCAGAGGCAGUUGAUUCGAUAAAGCUUAUUGUUGAUAGGAGGACGAAAGAUGGAACAUGGUUUAAGAAAGGAACCGUCGAAAGGUUUGUUCGAUUCGUUCGUGAACCAGAGGUUCUGGAAUUUGUCAAUACAUUUGAUGCAGAAAUGUCACAGCUGGAAGGGGCCAAGAAAACAUAUUUGCAGCCUCAUAACCUUCCUAUUCAGAAUGCAGGAGUUCCAGUUUCUGGUUCAAUGGGUGAAAAUGGAACAACUACAGAAGCAUCUGUGGAUAUAACAAAGAACGAGCUUCUUAGAGCCAUUGAAGUGCGGCUUGUUGCAGUUAAGCAGGAUCUGACCAAAGCUUGUUGUUGGGCAUCAUCUGCUGGGUUUACCCCUAAAAAUGUCUCAGAGCUUCUUCAUUUUGCAGAUUAUUUUGGUGCAGAUCACCUAAAUGAGGCAUGCACUAAAUUCAUUUCACUUUGCCAAAAGCACCCUGAUCUUUUUAGUCUUCAGCACCUGCCUUGGUCACUGCCUCUGCCACUUAAAAGCCUUGGCGUCUCAUCCUCCUCUGGCUCAGAUGUCUCACUAGAUGAGCCAGAAGAUGAGCCCAAGGUUGGUGGUAAACCACCUGAUAGUGGGGGCCUUCAUCUCCACAAACACAACAAUAGCCAACCAGCACAGAUAAAUACGGCAGAGUUGCUGUGCCCAUAUCCACAACUCAAACCUAUCCAGCAGCAUUUUGUGGAUAGAACUGUUGGGAAUGUGGUGGACUCUAUUCCUGCUGCAUCAUUCACCAAGCCAGCUCAACAGGAUGAAGGAGGCUCUAGGCGUCUUAGCGUGCAGGACCGCAUCAGUCUCUUUGAGAGCAAGCAGAAAGAACAGUCUGUGAGUUUGAGAAAUAUCAGCACUAUUGUUGGAAUUAAGAGGGCAGUGGCAGGAAAAGGAGAACCUAGGAGAAUCCCUUCUGAUGUCUCAGAUAAGUCAGUGUUGAGGAGAUGGUCUGCUGCUAGUGACAUGAGUAUAGAUCUUAGCAGCAGCAGUUGUAGCAGCUUCAAUGAUGAGAAAGACAGUGGGAGUGCUUCUGGAACUCCUACAUCUGCAAACUUGCAGUUUCAAUCCAGCAAUAGAAUCCAAGAGGGAGUGGCCAGUGGGUUGACAGAUACAAUGACCGUGCAGUCUCAGUUGAGUCCUAAAGCAUGCAUAGCUAUCACACCUUGCCAGUUUCAUCCCCAAUUCCAAACUCUAUCUAAAGAUAGAGAUCAUGCCAAGGAAGAAGUUGACAAGACCCUGAUGACCCCAUCAGAACCUGCCUUUCCUAAGGAGCAGAUCAAGCAUAUAAUACCUGCUUCCCAAAGUGGUAAGAUUUUUUGUCAAUUAAAUAAUCAAGAUGUUUUUGGCACCCAACAAGAUGGCAUUUUGGAAUCAGGUAAUUGUGCUGGAUUGAAAUGUCAUGCCGUCUGUCACCCACAGUUUGAAACCACCUCAGUGGAUUAUGUCCAAGCAAACGACCAUGUGAUUUUGCAAGCCACAUCACAAUCUGUAUCAGCAGCAGAGGAAAAAGCAGGGCUGAGAGAUCAAGAAAGUUCCAGGACUCGAACUGGGAAGAUCUCCUCACACCCAGAUGGUGUUCGAGUGAACUAUCAACCAACAUUAUCUACCCAACUCCAAAUUUUUGCAAAAAAACCUGAUGAUGCUCAAGUGGGAACCAAAGAUCCAUCAGAUUUUCAGAUUAACUCAAGCGCUUUAUCAGGUAUAUAUUUGGAGUCCCACCCCCAGUGGACACCUCUAAGUAAACCAGUGGGAGCUGAUUCGAGUGGAAUAGUUGUUUCUGAGCAACCUUUUGGUCCCAUUCUAGUCAAGGAAAAAGGAGAUUUGGAUCACCUAGGUAUAAAUUUGAAGGAUCAAUCAUCGUCUUCUGAUUGUCCAAACAAGUUUCAGAGUGAAACAAUACACUCUGAAAGAUAUAGUUUGCCUGUUUUUCCAGUGAGGGAUGCAAAAGAGUGCAUGGAGUUACUUGAUCCACCUUCUAUGUGUUCAGCAGAGCAGAUUCAGAUGGUGAGUUCACUUAAAGGAGGAAAUCAAAAGCUGAACAAUGAACUUCAACUGAAGGCUAAUGAAUUGGAAAACCUUUUUGCUGAACACAAGCUCAGAAUUCAGAAGGAUCAGGCAUCAACCUUUCAGAGGAGUUCAGAUGCCCACCAAGAUCAUGUACUUAAGGCUUUGGAGAAAGGACAUGCAAUUCCAGUUCAAUUGCCUGAGAGGAAGUUUGUGAAGGAAGCUUCCAAGAAGGAAGUUGAAUUUGAUGCUAAUUUGCUGUCAAAUAUGGUAAAUAAUAGGAAAUUUGAUAAUAACAUAUGCCAAGGAUUUGACAAUAAAUCAGAUGAUUUUAGAGGAAAAUUCUAUGAUAAAUAUAUGCAAAAAAGGAAUGCAAAACUAUUAGAAGAGUGGAAAUCAAAAAGGCCUCAGAAAGAAGCAAAGAUGAAAGCAUUGCAUGACAACCUAGAACAUACUCUGGCUAAGAUGCGAGCUAAAUUUAUAGGAUCUGCUAAUGGACAAUAUUUGAGAUCUUUUAGCUGUUCUUCAGUUUUAUGAAACAAAUAUCAGAGGAGCUGAAGACUACUGAUGAUAACAAGAUCAGAACAUCUGUACAAAUUAAUACUUUCCAAGAAAUGUCCUCCUGUGAUUUAUCCAGUGAUGAUUUAUCUACUGAUAUCUAUUCUAAAGGCACUUUCUCCAAGAUGCUUUGAUGUGCUACAAAUUUGUCUUCUCCACCCAUCAAACAUCAAUAGGAUCAACCCAUAAUCUCGGGUCAGCCCCCAUAAGAUCCAGUACCCAAAAUCUUUUGCAGAAGCAGCUCCUAAAUUAUCUGACUUCUGAGGGAAAAACACAAAGUCAUCAUCAUUAAAUAGCAGAAUAACUACAUGAGUGCAGCAAAGAACCUGUUUUUGGAGCAAGAGCAUCACUGGAGCAAGAGCAUCACUGAAGAACCUUGCUAAUGAGAGCAAGCCACAUAAAUCACAAUCCAGAGAAAGGGAGUCCCGCCAAGGAUCCUUUCAACUCUCAUUUCUGAUAAUGGAUAUUCCAAGGAGCAAAAAACUAGGCUAGUUUCUGUAAAAGUUCAGACAGGUGCAGUAUUCCAAACUCCAAACCACUUUUGAGUCAAUAUUGCUGGCCCUGAUUCAGAGGCUGGUAUGACUAAAUUUAAAGAUUAUGCUUUCUGAGUUACACAAGAAUUGAAAGGAUCUCCAAAAUGUAAUUGAUCAGGAAAAGAUGAUUCACCUGACAUGAUUAAAAAUGAAGAAGAAUUGAAGAGAAAAUUUUCUGCAGGGAAACUUGGCCUAAUCAGUUCUCAUGUUGAGUUAGACAACAAGCCAAGGCACAUGCAAGAAUUUGGAACUUAGUUAUUUUGGGAUCUGUCUCAAAGGUGGAGUAUGACACUGGUUUUGUUUUGCCACACAUGCAAGAAUUGGGAAGUUAGUUAUUUCAAAUUUGUCCCAAAAGUGGAAUAUGAUACUAGUUUUGUUUCACCCAUGUCUGCUAUUUUAACAGGAAACAUACAAGAGUCACUAGAAGGUGCUUCAUCAUGGAUACAUCAUAAAUUUUCUUAUGCACAUGAGGCAUCAGAUAUUGAAGCUUAUGUAGAUUCACUUGUGGGAAGUUUGGCUUCAUGGAAUUCCUACUUGUUGAAUCAAAUGGACUCUGAUUCUUUUCGAACGAGAGAAUCAAGGAAGUGCUUAGUUUCUCAUUGCUGCUAAUGCAUCCCAGCUAGGACACAUGGAUUUGGAGGAAGAAUGGGGAAGUAAAGUCUGUAAAACAGAAGGGGGGGGGGGGGGGCGGAGAGAGGAUGCACGGGGUAUGUCUCAACUCUCAACAAUUUUUAAAGGUGAUGACAACACAGAUGGUUGUGAUGUAGCAGCAGAUCCAUGCAAUGGCUUGACAAAGAGAAUGGCUACCUUUUUGCAAAUGAUGGGUCCAAUGGAGUUGAGAGGUUAAAAUCCAAUCGGUGUCACCAUAAUUGCUGUGGGUUAAAACCAAAGUCUACUCGUUGCAAGUGAGUACGGUUUAAUCUGGAACAGAAGAAAGGAGACAUCACCAGAGCUAGCGAUUCUGAAUUAAUACUAGUUGGCGAAGACGUUUAUACUUUCAACAAAGAUAUCAAAGAAAUUAUAUUUUUAUAGUACAAGAACAAGAUACCACUUGUCUUACGAAAAUACUAAGCCAUGGCAUGCAGUGCUACGGUCUUUUCCCACCAUUUUAGCUCUA